AAUUUGGGGUAUCUUCCUUUGCAUUAGUAGCAAGCGACAAUUUAUCCUUUGCAGUUUUUAUAGGUGUUUUAGAGGGGUUUCUUAAAUCUUGAUGCGAUUUUGCAGCUUUUGCGUAGGAAAUUUUCAUGUUAUUAUCGCUCAUGUCGUCAAUUAAUCCGUUUAAUGUGGAGAUGCCUUCUUGAUUGUCGCUUAUCUCUAAAGUAUUUUCAUUAGAAAAUACUUUAGAGAUAAGCGGCAAUCAAGAAGGCAUCUGUUUUGUUCUAUCAAGGGAGUGCAUUCAUCACUAUUUGCAUUAUUUGAUUCAAUUAAUUGUUCUAGGACAAUAGGAUUAUCAGUGUUGGUGUUGAUGGAAUUGCAUAUUCAAAUUGCUCAAUUUUAUCCUGUAGUGAUUUUUCCGUAUUUUUUUUUACUUAAAUCGUCUGUAGAGGGUUUUGCAUUUGCUUGAAUUUCAGCAAUCAUAGAAAAGAUUUGCGAAGCAGAAUUAACCAAAAGCUGAAUUGCUUCACCAUUCAAUAACUGGGAAGAUCUAAGACUCUCGAUCUCAUCCAUACGAUCGCCAUACAAUACUUGAGUUGUCACGAAAAGUAAAGAGCUUCCUGUCCCCUCCAGGCUGUGUCCACUCUCCAUAUCAAGGUUUCGGACUUCGUUUGAAAAUUUCUUGAGCGAGUCAAAAUCGCCAGUCCAAGCAAGACUUAGGUGUUCAGUGGACAUAUCGAUUUCACAUUCCACUUGAUGUAUACAGUAAGUGUGUAUGUUAUCUAAUAUUCUCACUAUUAGCAAAAAUGGUUAUAUAUAUAUUUGAGGAGCUCAAAAUUACACCUCCUCAUACACUGCAUACACGAUGCAUACACGAUAAUGUAUACUUGAUUUGCUUUGCUACCAAUUUCCAGGUCGUAUUCAGCCAGCUUUAACCAACGCAAGUACCACAUCCAAUGUAUAUGGUCCAUUACAACAAAAUGCUGGUGAAACAACACGCAAAAAGAUUAUCGCUACCAAUUUUCUUGUUCGUCGCUUUUUCAACCAUCAUCGGCAUUACACUGUUGCUUCUCAGCCUGUUCUUCUCCGACACCUCACCAAACCUAACCCGUGUACCGUACGCGGCAGACGAAAAAAUCCUCCUCCUAUUCUGGUCCAAGUUGUGGGGUUUCCCGGCGAAAAAGAGCGAAGGAUUUCUUGAAAAAGGAAUUGGUAAAGGUCAGUGUCCAGUUGCUUGCGAAGUGACAUCUAAUCGUGAUCGAAUCAAACAAGCUCACGCAUUCAUUGUCCAUGCUCGGGACCCCUAUCCUUUACCGCCAAACAAAGACAUCCCUUGGAUCCUAACCACUUUAGAGAACCCCGUUUAUACUCCUGUUUUAAAAAACCCGGAGUACAUGUCUCAAUUUCAUUUACUGCGAAGCUACAGAUUAGAUUCAGAUUUCCCUACUCCUCUGUUCAAGAAACCAAAUUUGGAUCCUCCUGUACCAUUUAAAAACAAAACCGGUAGGAUUAUCGCCGCAUUUAGUAACUGCGAACCGGUGAGGACCCAGUACCUCAGACAAUUAAUGAGAUAUAUCCCGGUAGAUUCGUACGGUGCAUGUUUGCACAAUAAAGCAGGACUCGUCCAGCGUUAUAAAUCCGAUUUUAAAAAUAUGAAAUCGAAGUUACAAAAGACAUACAAAUUUGCUAUAACAUUUUUCAACCAAGAUUGCGACUAUUCUGUCGAUGAUCAAAUUCUACAUGCGCUGAACGCUGGCUCUGUGCCAAUCGUCAUGAGCACAGACAAGAUUUAUGAGUUUUUACCAGGAAAUCUUAAAAACGCUAUCAUUAACGUCAGGGAUUUCAAAAAUCCCCAAGAACUAGCCGAGCGUCUAAAGUUUUUGAUGAAUAACGAAACGGAAUAUAAUAAGCAUUUAGAAUGGAAGCGAAAAGGUCUGGGGGAUAUAAGUGAAACAAUUACUGGAAAAUAUUGGGAUAGAAAAUUCCAUCAUUGGUGUAAAAUAUGUCAAGCUAUUGCUCAAGGGAAAUGGCAUAAACAGGGACUUAAGGUCGAUCUUUGCCAGACAAGGCAGUUCAAUACUUGGGGCAUAAAUCCAGGCUAUAUAUAGUGUUCAUCUUGGUUAUGUUUGUGACAACGUAUGAAGCAUUGUUUUGUACAUAGGUUUUGUUGGAAUGGAGUCAAAAGCGACUGUGUAAAUUAUACUCUCAGUUGAAAAGUUUCCUAUCCUUUAGUUAUAUGAACUAUAAAUUAUACAAUUAGAUCAGU